AUGGAGACGGAGGCUGUUCACAAAGCUAUCGCCGAUCUCUCGCUCCACGAAGGAGUCGGUGAGUACUGACAAGAAACCCUUUUCUAUGAAGCUCAUACAGUCACCGUGGUUAGUCUGCUCGAUACCAGUUGCAUUGCCUUCGGCAUUGCGGCGGCACACAACGCCACCCCCUCCGUAGGUUUUGUGGACAACUCUGGACUCAUAAUUAGUAGUGGAUAAAAGUCAGGCACGAUGUGGAUUCUAUUGCAUGCUUAUUUCCGUUGAAAUAAUAGUUUUCUGAGCCAAAAAUUAUGACCUUUGUAGAAUUCUCUAAAACGGAGAAAUGAGGCUGAUUAGUAGGUUGUAAUUUACAGAUAAUUUUCACACGUACGUGAGGAAUUUGCGUCAAAACAACGGAACUUAUUUUGGGUGUGGGGGAGUGGCCAAUCACCAGAGUCUGUAAAGUCGUAUACAGUUGUCAAAAGCGGAAGGUUAACAUAAGCAUUUACGCUGAUAUUACGUCAUUGUCGUCGUAGUCGUGGUCCUCCUCGUCCUCCUCAUCCUCGUCCUCGUCCUCCUCGUCCUCCUCCUACUACUACUACUACUACAACUACUACUACAACUACCACCAUUACUACUACUACUACUACUACUUUUACUACUACUACUACUACUACUACUACUACUACUACUACUACUACUACUACUACUACUACUACUACUACUACUACUACUACUACUACUACUACUACUACUACUACUACUACUACCAUUAA